AUGGCUUGUCGAAAUGUGAUGAAGACUGUCCUGAGCGUGGAGCAGUCAGAGGGAGUUGGUGCCCGAGUACGUAGGAGUAUUGGUAGAUGUGAGCUUAGAAAUUUGGAUCCAUUUCUGAUGUUUGAUGAAUUUAAAGGUGGCAGACCCGGGGGCUUUCCAGAUCACCCUCACCGAGGAUUUGAGACGGUAUCUUAUCUGCUUGAUGGGGGCUCAAUGGAACAUGAAGAUUUUUGUGGACAUGCUGGGAGAUUGGACCCAGGAGACUUGCAGUGGAUGACAGCAGGUCGUGGUAUUGUCCAUGCUGAGAUGCCUUGUACACAAGAGCCAGCACAUGGCUUGCAACUGUGGGUCAAUUUGAGAAGUUCAGAGAAGAUGGUUCCUCCUGAAUAUCAAGAACUGAAAAGUGCUGACAUUCCUAAGCCAUCUAAAGAUGGAGUAACUGUUACUGUCAUCUCUGGAGAGUCAAUGGGAGUUAAGUCAAAAGUUUACACACGAACACCAACCCUGUAUCUAGAUUUUAAAAAUAGAAAAAGGAGGAAAACAUAUGCAGAAGGUGCCUAAAGGGUGGACUGCAUUCUUUUAUACACUGAGUGGUGUGAUAAGCGUGGGGCCAGAAAAUGCUCAGAAGAAGGUUGAAGCUCACCACACAGCAGUCCUGGAUGAUGGGGACAAUGUCAUCUUUGAGAAUAAGGACGAUGAACUGGCCCACUUUGUUUUGAUUGCUGGAGAGCCCAUUAAUGAGCCAGUUGUGCAGCAUGGUCCGUAUGUGAUGAACACACGAGAGGAAAUUGCACAGACAAUUGAAGAUUACAACCUUUGCAAAAAUGGAUUUGAAAAGGCUAACACAUGGAAAUCAAAGAUCGGGAACAGAUAA